UAUUCAUACCCAAAUUAAUAAUUAUGUUGAUUUAAUUUCAUUCUUGAGCACCUUGGGAGUGCAGUAGGGUGUACUCAUGAUCACAAGGUGUCGAUGUCACUCAGUUCACUAUCAGACCUAGAGAGAGACACACUCAGGUAAGUCGGUUUGUGGAGAUGAAGUUAAUUCUGCAUUUAUCGUUUGGCACUGAGUUUAGCCCCAAUGUACCAUCGAGCCACCUCCAUAAUAAGCAUGGAGAGAGAGUACAAAAUGAGAAUGUCUUGGUGGUUGUUCAAUGAAGCUUUUGGAAAAAACAAUAGAAUGGCUUAAUUUCCAUAAACACCAAUGUGUCCAUUGUGUUUCUUUUCAUCAGCAGGAUUGUGUCUCUUCCCGGCAGAUAAGGCAUGCUGCAGGAACAGGUUGCAUUCUUCUCUUUUACACUCCAGUGUCCUGCGUGUAGGAACAUCUUCACAGACCCGGUGGAUUUACCAUGCAGCCACACCUUCUGCCAGAAAUGCCUCUUGGAUCUCCUACAGCCCAGCUCGGGUCAACAGCCGUGUCCAGAGUGCAGCCAGCCUUUCAGCCUCAAAGACCUGAAGCCCAACAGCCUCCUGAAGAACCUGGUGGAUGUGGGCAGGGAAGACCUUACCAAGAUGGUGGCCGCCAAGGACCCCCAGAGAGGAAGAGCGGUAGACCCUGUCCAAUUCCAGAGGAACUCCACGCUUGUGUGCGCUGACCACGACGAGAAGCUCAAGCUCUUCUGUGAGACGGAUCAGAAGCUCAUUUGUGUCAUCUGUAGGGACUGUGCGGCACAUGAGGGACACAGCUUUAAACCAGCGAAGGAGGUCGCCAAUGCCUACUUGGAGGAAGUGAACAGUCCCCAGUGUAGGUCUGAGCUUCACAGCUGGGUGACUCUCACCUCUGCGGACACCCCCCACCCACCACCAACCCCUCCAGUAAGGAUGUCAGGAGGCCAGGACCACAGUUCACACACACACAACAAUGAGUACAUUCUACACAGCGUUGGAGAAUGUGUGCUAUAAGGGUUCAGAAAAUAAAAUAAUCAUAAAAUAAUCUCAGUGUGUAAAAGGAUGCGUAUUUUAUGAGUGUAUGGUGAUAAACAGGCUGAGACGCAGGUGUAUCUUUGUAUUUGAUUUGAUUUACUGUAGAUGAAGAUAUUGACUCGAGUUGUACUUUAGUUUACUUAAACUAAAUUUUGGAUUAA